AUGCCACCCAAGGAGACGUUUCGGUGCCCGGCACUGCUGGUGCUCACGACGGCCGCGCUGCUGCUGCUGCUGCUGCUGCGGGCGGCGCAGCCAGCGCGAGCACCGGUGCGGACCGCUGCCACGCAGCAGCCGGGCGCGACUGCCGUCAGGGAGUGGGCGAGCCUCGCGUCCAGCGCAGCGGCGGUCGUUCCCGGCGGCCGCGGGCUCUUGCAGCGGCCGGUCCGCGCCACGGGCGACAAGCGCGGCGGCUACACCUUCUUCUCGACCGACUACCACAUCGCGCCGAUAGCCGACCUCGCCGACGUUUUUGCGUCGCUGUGCGACGAGGCGGGCCUUUGCAUGCGAGUCGAGGAGCACUCCUUCUCGGGCGCGUGCGGCCGCGCGUUUGGCGGCCGCAAGCCCACCUGCGCCCGCGGGCUGCGCGUCCUGACCAAGGAGAACGCCUUUGACUUUUGCCCGCGGCCGCAUGCGCUGCGUCGCGCCUUCUUCGACGCGUACCGCGGUCCCGACUCGCCGCUCGCCGCGGUGGACGCCUUCGUCUGCAACCACCCGCCGGCGCUCUGCGAGGCGUACAUGCCCUUCAACAAGUCACUCCUCGUCGUCGCCACCGUCAACCUCGAGUUUUCGCGCGAAAACGAGGAGCGGUGGGCCGAGUGGCUACGCUCCCUCCGCGCGAUCGCCGCCAACCGGCGCAACGUGAUCGCCGCCAACAACCCGUACGACGCCGCCUAUAUCCGCCACUUUGCCGGCAUCGAGGCCGAGUACAUCCCCUCCUACUGCGGCUACGCGGCUCGCUCGGCCGGCCCAUACUCGCCGCAGCUGCACAAGCCGCUCCUCAUCGCGCGAAACCACAACAACCCGGCCGUCCUCAUCCGGGAGCUGCAGGCCGCGGCCCGCCGCGAGGGCGGCGGCGCGCCGCGGGGCGGCCGCGGCCGCCGACGCGGUCGCGGCAGGGGCGCACGCCGCGAGGCGGCGGGCGGCGGGCGGCGCGCCGAGGCGACGGGCGGCGGCGCGGGCGGCGGCGCGGGCGGCGGGGCGGGCGGCGGGGCGGGCGAGCUGGGUCGGCGGGGCGGCCCCCUCUCCUUUGCGCGCACCGAGGACGCCUACCCGCGCGGCUUCGAGCACUCUCUCUCUCUUCGCCCGCACGGCCGCAGACACCUGCUCGCAAAGCUGCGCAGCGCGGACCUCGCGGCGACCUCGGCCGCGAUGCGCGCCGCCAACCGCCGCCUGCUCGACGAGCUGCGCCAGCAGUGGCGCCGCCUCUUCCUGCGCAUGUUUCGUGGCGCGCCGCCCGGCAGCCGAGCGGUGCCGUCCGACUACGACGCGGCGAUGCGCGCGCUGUACGGGCAGGUGCCGCCCUCGCGCGAGCCGAGCUGCCGGCGCGAGAGCCGGCCAGAGUACGGCGAGUGGGGCUGA